AUGCGGAGCCCGGCGGCCCGCGCCCCACUUCCAACACCGCUGCCGCCGCUGCUGCUACUGCUGCUGCUGCCGCCACUACUGGGAGACCAAGUGGGGCCCUGUCGCUCCCUGGGGCCCGGCGGACGCGGCUCCUCGGGGGCCUGCGCUCCCGUGGGCUGGCUCUGUCCAGCUUCAUCCUCGAACCUCUGGCUCUACACCAGCCGCUGCAGGGAUGCGGGGACGGAACUGACUGGCCACCUGGUGCCUCACCAUGAUGGUCUGAGGGUCUGGUGUCCAGAAUCCGGGGCGCACAUCCCCCUGCCACCAGCGCCCGAAGGCUGCCCCUGGAGCUGUCGUCUUCUGGGCAUAGGAGGCCACCUUUCCCCACAGGGCAAACUCACCCUGCCCCAUGAGCACCUGUGCUUAAAGGCCCCACGGCUGAGAUGCCUGUCCUGUAAGCUAGUGCAGGCCCCAGGUUUCAGGGCAGGGGACAGCUUAGCCGAAGAGUCCAUGGGUGGGCGUCGGAAGAGGAACGUGAAUACGGCCCCCCAGUUUCAGCCCCCCAGCUACCAGGCCACAGUGCCCGAGAACCAACCCGCAGGUACUCCUGUGGCAUCUCUGCGGGCCAUCGAUCCAGAUGAGGGCGAGGCAGGUCGACUGGAGUACACUAUGGAUGCCCUCUUCGAUAGCCGCUCCAACCACUUCUUCUCCCUGGACCCGAUCACUGGCGCAGUCACCACAGCCGAGGAGCUGGAUCGUGAGACCAAGAGCACACACGUCUUCAGGGUCACGGCGCAGGACCAUGGCAUGCCCCGACGCAGUGCCCUGGCCACGCUCACCAUCUUGGUGACCGACACCAAUGAUCACGACCCUGUGUUUGAGCAGCAGGAGUACAAGGAGAGCCUCAGGGAAAACCUGGAAGUCGGCUAUGAAGUGCUUACAGUCAGAGCCACAGAUGGUGACGCCCCUCCCAAUGCCAAUAUUCUCUACCGCCUGCUGGAGGGGUCUGGGGGCAGCCCCUCUGAAGUCUUUGAGAUUGACCCUCGCUCUGGGGUCAUCCGUACCCGAGGCCCUGUGGAUCGGGAAAAGGUGGAAUCCUACCAAUUGACGGUGGAAGCGAGUGACCAGGGUCGGGACCCCGGUCCACGGACUGCCACAGCUGCCGUUUUCCUGUCGGUGGAGGAUGAUAAUGACAAUGCCCCCCAGUUUAGUGAGAAGCGCUAUGUGGUCCAGGUGCGGGAGGAUGUGACCCCAGGAGCCCCGGUCCUCCGGGUCACAGCCUCGGAUAGAGACAAGGGCAGCAAUGCUCUGGUGCACUACAGCAUCAUGAGUGGCAACGCUCGGGGACAGUUUUACUUAGAUGCCCAGACUGGGGCUCUGGACGUGGUGAGCCCUCUUGACUAUGAGACAACCAAGGAAUACACUCUACGGGUUAGGGCACAGGACGGUGGCCGCCCCCCUCUCUCCAACGUCUCCGGCUUGGUGACAGUGCAGGUCUUGGAUAUCAAUGACAAUGCUCCCAUCUUCGUCAGCACCCCCUUCCAGGCUACUGUUCUGGAGAGUGUCCCCUUAGGCUACCUGGUCCUCCAUGUCCAGGCCAUUGAUGCUGAUGCGGGUGACAAUGCCCGCCUGGAAUACCGUCUUGCAGGGGUUGGACACGACUUUCCCUUCACCAUCAACAAUGGCACAGGCUGGAUCUCUGUGGCAGCUGAGCUGGACCGGGAAGAAGUUGAUUUCUACAGCUUUGGAGUAGAAGCCCGCGACCAUGGUACCCCAGCACUCACUGCCUCCGCCAGUGUCAGUGUGACCAUCCUGGAUGUCAACGACAACAACCCAACCUUCACCCAACCAGAGUACACGGUGCGGCUCAAUGAGGAUGCAGCUGUGGGCACCAGCGUGGUGACGGUGUCAGCUGUGGACCGAGAUGCCCACAGCGUCAUCACUUACCAGAUCACCAGCGGCAACACCCGAAACCGCUUCUCCAUCACCAGUCAGAGCGGUGGCGGGCUGGUGUCCCUCGCCCUGCCACUGGACUACAAACUUGAGCGGCAGUAUGUGCUGGCUGUUACUGCCUCUGACGGCACGAGGCAGGACACGGCACAGGUGGUGGUGAACGUCACUGACGCCAAUACCCACCGCCCUGUCUUUCAGAGCUCCCACUACACGGUGAAUAUUAACGAGGACCGGCCAGCAGGCACCACAGUGGUGCUCAUCAGUGCCACAGAUGAGGACACGGGUGAGAAUGCCCGCAUCACCUACUUCAUGGAGGACAGCAUCCCCCAGUUCCGCAUCGAUGCGGACACAGGGGCCGUCACCACCCAGGCUGAGCUGGACUAUGAGGACCAGGUGUCCUACACCCUGGCCAUCACUGCCCGGGACAAUGGCAUUCCCCAGAAGUCCGACACCACCUACCUAGAGAUCCUGGUGAAUGACGUGAAUGACAAUGCCCCUCAGUUUCUGCGGGACUCCUACCAGGGCAGUGUCUACGAGGACGUGCCCCCCUUCACCAGCGUCCUGCAGAUCUCAGCCACUGAUCGUGACUCUGGUCUUAACGGCAGGGUCUUCUACACCUUCCAAGGGGGCGAUGAUGGAGACGGGGACUUUAUCGUAGAGUCCACAUCAGGCAUCGUGCGAACACUGCGGAGGCUGGAUCGUGAGAAUGUGGCCCAGUACGUCUUGCGGGCAUACGCAGUGGACAAGGGGAUGCCUCCAGCCCGCACGCCUAUGGACGUGACAGUCACAGUGUUGGAUGUAAAUGACAACCCACCUGUUUUUGAGCAGGAUGAGUUUGAUGUGUUUGUGGAAGAGAACAGCCCCAUUGGGCUGGCGGUGGCCCGGGUCACAGCCACUGACCCUGAUGAAGGCACCAAUGCCCAGAUCAUGUACCAGAUCGUGGAGGGCAACAUCCCUGAGGUCUUCCAACUGGACAUCUUCUCCGGAGAGCUGACCGCUCUGGUGGACUUAGACUACGAGGACCGGCCUGAAUAUGUCCUGGUCAUCCAGGCCACGUCGGCUCCUCUGGUGAGCCGAGCUACAGUGCACGUCCGCCUGCUCGACCGCAACGACAACCCACCAGUGCUGGGCAACUUCGAGAUCCUUUUCAACAACUAUGUCACCAACCGAUCAAGCAGCUUCCCAGGGGGUGCCAUUGGCCGAGUGCCUGCCCACGACCCUGACAUCUCAGACAGCCUGACUUACAGCUUCGAGCGGGGGAAUGAACUCAGCCUGGUCCUCCUCAACGCAUCCACGGGUGAGCUGAGGCUGAGUCGGGCGCUGGACAACAACCGACCUCUGGAGGCUGUCAUGAGCGUGCUGGUGUCAGACGGCGUGCACAGCGUGACGGCCCAGUGCUCCCUGCGCGUCACCAUCAUCACGGACGAGAUGCUCACGCACAGCAUCACGCUGCGCCUGGAAGACAUGUCGCCCGAGCGCUUCCUGUCGCCCCUCCUGGGUCUCUUCAUCCAGGCUGUGGCCGCCACGCUGGCCACACCCCCAGACCACGUGGUGAUCUUCAACGUGCAGAGGGACACCGAUGCCCCCGGCAGCCACAUCCUCAACGUGAGCCUGUCGGUGGGCCAGCCGCCGGGGCCCGGGGGCGGGCCACCCUUCUUGCCCUCCGAGGACCUGCAGGAGCGCCUGUAUCUCAACCGCAGCCUGCUCACGGCCAUCUCGGCACAGCGCGUGCUGCCCUUCGACGACAACAUCUGCCUGCGUGAGCCCUGCGAGAACUACAUGCGCUGCGUCUCCGUGCUGCGCUUUGACUCCUCCGCGCCCUUCAUCGCCUCCUCCUCCGUGCUCUUCCGGCCCAUCCACCCGGUGGGGGGACUGCGCUGCCGCUGCCCGCCUGGCUUCACCGGGGACUACUGCGAGACCGAGGUGGACCUCUGCUACUCACGGCCCUGCGGCCCCCACGGACGCUGCCGCAGCCGCGAGGGCGGCUACACCUGCCUUUGCCGUGAGGGCUACACCGGUGAGCACUGCGAAGUGAGUGCCCGCUCAGGCCGCUGCACCCCAGGCGUCUGCAAGAACGGAGGCACCUGUGUCAACCUGCUGGUGGGCGGCUUCAAGUGCGACUGCCCAUCCGGAGACUUCGAGAAGCCCUUCUGCCAGGUGACCACGCGCAGCUUCCCUGCCCGCUCCUUCAUCACCUUCCGGGGACUGCGCCAGCGCUUCCACUUCACCCUGGCCCUCUCGUUUGCCACCAAGGAGCGUGACGGGCUGCUGCUCUACAACGGGCGCUUCAAUGAGAAGCAUGACUUCGUGGCCCUCGAGGUGAUCCAGGAGCAGGUCCAGCUCACCUUCUCUGCAGGGGAGUCGACCACCACCGUGUCCCCGUUCGUGCCUGGAGGGGUCAGUGACGGCCAGUGGCACAGGGUGCAGCUGAAGUAUUACAAUAAGCCACUCUUGGGUCAGACGGGGCUCUCGCAGGGCCCGUCCGAGCAGAAGGUGGCUGUGGUGACCGUGGAUGGCUGUGACACAGGGGUAGCCCUGCGCUUUGGAGCUAUGCUGGGCAACUACUCCUGCGCCGCCCAGGGCACUCAGGGUGGCAGCAAGAAGUCUCUGGACCUGACAGGGCCCCUGCUGCUGGGCGGGGUGCCUGAUCUGCCCGAGAGCUUCCCCGUCCGCACCCGGCACUUCGUGGGCUGCAUGAGGGACCUGCAGGUGGACAGCCGCCACGUCGACAUGGCCGACUUCAUCGCCAACAACGGCACCAUGCCUGGGUGCCCUGCCAAGAAGAACGUGUGUGACAGCAACACGUGCCACAACGGGGGCACCUGUGUGAACCAGUGGGAUGCGUUCAGCUGCGAGUGCCCGCUAGGCUUCGGGGGCAAGAGCUGUGCCCAGGAGAUGGCCAACCCGCAGCGCUUCCUGGGCAGCAGCCUGCUGGCCUGGCAUGGGCUUUCACUGCCCAUCUCGCAGCCCUGGCACCUCAGCCUCAUGUUCCGCACACGCCAGGCCGACGGCGUCCUGCUCCAGGCUGUCACCAGGGGGCGCAGCACCAUUACUCUUCAGCUUCGGGAGGGCCACGUGGUGCUGAGCGUGGAGGGCACAGGGCUCCAGGCCUCGUCUCUCCAGCUGGAGCCAGGCCGGGCUAAUGAUGGCGACUGGCAUCAUGCACAGCUGGCACUGGGAGCCAGUGGAGGCCCUGGUCAUGCCAUCCUGUCCUUCGACUAUGGGCAGCAGCGGGCAGAGGGCAACCUGGGCCCCCGGCUGCAUGGGCUACACCUGAGCAACAUUACCGUCGGGGGUGUUCCAGGGCCGGCCAGUGGUGUGGCCCGAGGCUUCCGGGGCUGUUUGCAGGGUGUCCGGGUCAGCGAGACGCCGGAGGGCGUCAGCAGUCUGGAUCCCAGCCGUGGGGAGAGCAUCAAUGUGGAGCCAGGCUGCAGCCUGCCAGACCCCUGUGACUCGAACCCGUGUCCUGCCAACAGCUACUGCAGUGACGACUGGGACAGCUAUUCCUGCAGCUGUGAUCCGGGUUACUAUGGUGACAACUGCACUAACGUGUGUGACCUGAACCCAUGCGAGCAUCAGUCCAUGUGUACCCGAAAGCCCAGUGCUCCCCAUGGCUAUACCUGCGAGUGUCCCCCCAGUUACCUUGGGCCAUACUGUGAGACCAGGAUUGACCAACCUUGUCCCCGAGGCUGGUGGGGACACCCCACCUGCGGCCCGUGCAACUGCGAUGUCAGCAAAGGCUUCGAUCCAGACUGCAACAAGACAAGCGGAGAGUGCCACUGCAAGGAGAACCACUACCGGCCCCCUGGCAGCCCCGCCUGCCUUCUGUGCGACUGCUACCCCACGGGCUCUCUGUCCCGAGUCUGUGACCCUGAGGAGGGCCAGUGUCCAUGCAAGCCAGGCGUCAUUGGGCGCCAGUGUGAUCGCUGUGACAACCCCUUUGCCGAGGUCACCACCAACGGCUGUGAAGUGAAUUACGACAGCUGCCCGAGGGCCAUCGAGGCUGGGAUCUGGUGGCCCCGCACCCGCUUUGGGCUGCCUGCUGCUGCCCCCUGUCCCAGAGGCUCCUUCGGGACUGCCGUGCGCCACUGUGACGAGCACAGAGGGUGGCUUCCCCCAAACCUCUUCAACUGCACGUCGGUCACCUUCUCAGAGCUGAAGGGAUUUGCUGAGCGGCUACAGAGAAACGAGUCAGGCCUGGACUCAGGGCGCUCCCAGCGGCUGGCCCUACUCCUGCGCAACGCUACCCAACACACGGCUGGCUACUUUGGCAGCGACGUCAAGGUGGCCUACCAGCUGGCCACGCGGCUGCUGGCCCACGAGAGCGCCCAGCGAGGCUUUGGGCUGUCCGCCACACAGGACGUGCACUUCACCGAGAAUCUGCUGCGCGUGGGCAGCGCCCUCCUGGAUGCAGCCAACAAGCGGCACUGGGAGCUGAUCCAGCAGACAGAGGGUGGCACCGCCUGGCUGCUGCAGCACUAUGAGGCCUAUGCCAGCGCCCUGGCCCAGAACAUGCGGCACACCUACCUGAGCCCCUUCACCAUCGUCACGCCCAACAUCGUCAUCUCUGUCGUUCGCUUGGACAAGGGGAACUUCGCUGGGGCCAAGCUGCCCCGCUAUGAGGCGCUGCGUGGGGAGCGGCCCCCAGACCUGGAGACUACGGUCAUUCUGCCUGAGUCUGUCUUCAGAGAAUCGCCCCCUGUGGUCAGACCCGCGGGCCCCGGAGAGCCCCAGGAGCCGGAGGAGCUGACUCGGCGGCAGCGGCGGCACCCGGAGCUGAGCCAGGGUGAGGCGGUGGCCAGUGUCAUCAUCUACCGCACCCUGGCCGGGCUGCUGCCCCAUAACUACGACCCAGACAAGCGCAGCCUGAGAGUUCCCAAACGCCCCGUCAUCAACACACCGGUGGUGAGCAUCAGCGUCCAUGACGAUGAGGAGCUCCUGCCCCGUGCUUUGGACAAGCCAGUCACGGUGCAGUUCCGGCUGCUGGAGACCGAGGAGCGCACCAAACCCAUCUGUGUCUUCUGGAACCACUCGAUCCUGGUCAGUGGCACUGGCGGCUGGUCAGCCCGAGGCUGCGAAGUCGUCUUCCGCAACGAGAGCCACGUCAGCUGCCAGUGCAACCACAUGACGAGCUUCGCCGUGCUCAUGGACGUGUCUCGGCGUGAGAAUGGGGAGAUCCUGCCACUGAAGACACUGACAUACGUGGCCCUCGGGGUCACCCUGGCCGCCCUCCUGCUCACUUUCCUCUUCCUUGCUGUCCUGCGCGCUCUGCGCUCCAACCAGCACGGCAUCCGACGGAACCUGACGGCUGCCCUGGGCCUGGCUCAGCUGGUCUUCCUCCUGGGAAUCAACCAGGCUGACCUCCCUUUUGCCUGCACAGUCAUUGCCAUCCUGCUGCACUUCCUGUAUCUCUGCACCUUCUCCUGGGCCCUGCUGGAGGCCUUGCACCUGUACCGGGCGCUCACCGAGGUGCGCGACGUCAAUGCCGGCCCCAUGCGAUUCUACUACAUGCUGGGCUGGGGCGUGCCCGCCUUCAUCACAGGUCUAGCCGUGGGCCUGGACCCGGAGGGCUAUGGGAACCCCGACUUCUGCUGGCUCUCCAUCUACGACACACUCAUAUGGAGUUUCACCGGCCCCGUGGCCUUUGCGGUCUCAAUGAGUGUCUUCCUGUACAUCCUGGCGGCCCGGGCCUCCUGUGCUGCCCAGCGGCAGGGCUUUGAGAAGAAGGGCCCUGUCUCGGGCCUGCGGCCCUCCUUCGCUGUCCUGCUGCUGCUGAGUGCCACGUGGCUGCUGGCACUGCUGUCCGUCAACAGUGACACCCUCCUCUUCCACUACCUCUUCGCUGCUUCCAAUUGUGUCCAGGGCCCCUUCAUCUUCCUCUCCUACGUGGUGCUUAGCAAGGAGGUCCGGAAAGCACUCAAGUUCGCCUGCAGCCGCAAGCCCAGCCCUGACCCUGCGCUGACCACCAAGUCUACCCUGACAUCGUCCUACAACUGCCCCAGCCCCUAUGGGGACGGAAGGCUGUACCAGCCCUACGGAGACUCAGCCGGCUCCCUGCACAGUGCCAGCCGCUCGGGCAAAAGUCAGCCUAGCUACAUCCCCUUCCUGCUGAGGGAGGAGUCCACACUGAACCCUGGCCAAGGGCCCCCUGGCCUGGGGGACCCCGGUGGCCUGUUCCUGGAAGGUCAAAACCAGCAACAUGAUCCAGACACAGACUCCGACAGUGACCUGUCCCUGGAGGAUGACCAGAGCGGCUCCUAUGCAUCUACCCACUCAUCAGACAGCGAGGAGGAGGAAGAGGAAGAGGAGAGGGAGGCAGCCUUCCCUGGAGACCCGGGCUGGGACAGCCUGCUGGGGCCUGGGGCCGAGAGACUGCCCCUGCACAGCACCCCCAAGGAGGGAGGCCUGGGGCCCGGGAAGGUCCCCUGGCCAGGAGACUUUGGGACCACAGCAAAGGAAGGUGGUGGCAACGGGGCCUCUGAGGAGCGACCACGAGAGAAUGGAGAUGCCCUGACUUGGGAGGGGUCCCUGGGCCCCCUUCCAGGCCCUUCUGCCCAGCCUCACAAAGGUAUCCUCAAGAAGAAGUGUCUGCCCACCAUCAGUGAGAAGAGCAGCCUCCUCCGGCUACCCCCCGAGCAAGGCACCACGUCUCCCCGGGGCUCCUCAGCCAGCGAGGGCAGCCGGGGUGGGCCCCCUCCCCGCCCUCCCCCUCGGCAGAGCCUCCAGGAGCAGCUGAAUGGGGUCAUGCCCAUUGCCAUGAGCAUCAAGGCGGGCACGGUGGAUGAGGACUCUUCAGGCUCCGAAUUUCUCUUCUUUAACUUCCUGCAUUAACUCUGGGCCGUGGUUCCUACACCCCGAGGCUCCCUUACCUUCCCCAGCUGCACUCAUGCCCCCACUCCUGUCUUGUGCUUUAUCCUGCCUCUGCUCCCCCGCCUGCCUGCCUGCAGCAGCGAUGAAACGUCCAUCUGAGGAGCCUGGGCCUUGCCGGGAGGGGUACCCACCCCACCCCAGGCCAUCUAGUGCCAACUCCCUUCCCCAUCAUCCCCCUCACUGCACUUUGGACCCCUGGGGCCAACAUCUCCAAGACAAAGUUUUUCAGAAAAGAGGAAAAAAAAAAAAAAGAAAUUUAAAAAAGGAUCUCCACUCUUCAUGACUUCAGGGAUUAAUUUUUUUUAUAUGCUGGACACUGACUCCCCUUUCCCUCCCCUAAGAGGCUAGGACCCCCCAGGACGCUCUCCCAGCCUCUCCUCAGUUUCCCAUCUGCUGUGCCUCUGGGAGGAGAGGGGCUCUUGGGGGGCCUGCCCCUCGUCUGCCAUCACCAAAAGGAAAGGACGAAGCCACACGCACCCAGGGCGUCGUGCCCUGCAGGCUGCACCGGCUGGGCCUCAGCGCGGCAAGGGUGGCAGGACGGAGGGUGCUCCUCACCCUGCCUGUGCUGCCACCUCCAGGAACUGCAAAAGCCCUGUCCGGAGAGGGGGCAGAAGGACUCAGCGCCCCCGGACCCCCAAAUGCUGCAUGAACACAUUCUGAGGGGAACCCGCGCCCCUGGGUGGCGGCCGGGCCACCCCCGCCCCUCUCCUUUCCCUGGACUCUGGCCAUGUGCUGCAGCCCGGGUGUUUGCUCAGUUCGCUGACCCAAAAGUGCUUCAUUUCCCUGCCUGCCCCGUGCUGGGGAAGGCCAGUCACAUGUUAAGUUGCGCUUCUUUGCUAUUGUGUGGGUGGGACAGGGAGGAGGAAGACUGGCGGGAGUCCCCUGCCGUCUCCAGGCCAGGUCUGGAGUCCGGGAUCCCGUGUCCACUCUCCCUUCUCCGGGACCAGACAAAUCCCACUGACCUGCUGUGGCCUCUUGAGACAUGUUCUGUUUUUAUCUCCUUCUUGGAAUUGGCUCUCUUCUUCAAAAGACCAAGUCCUGUUCCUUUUUCUCCCCCUCACCACCCAGCUCCCUGCGAAGAGAGAGUUAAUAUAUAUUUUUUAUUUAUUUGCUUUUUGUUUUGGGAUGGGUCCAGUCCCAGGGGGUCUGACGUGGCCAUCACAGGUUGGGUGUGUACCCAGCAGUCCUGGCAAGGGGGCCUAAGGCCCUUGUUCUUGCUCCAGGCUGUCAUCUCCCCACCUCUCCUCUUCCUCCUUGGUUUUGCCAGCUGCUAUUCAUUGGAGUCACCAUUUACACUAAACAUGUAUUCCAGACUUGUCACCAACUUUCCUCUGGAGCAGGUGGCUAGAAAAAGAGGCUCUGAGUAGAGAAAUACUCUUAUUUCUCAUUUGUAAGGCUGGUCUCUGGCUUUUCUGCCAUGGAUUCUCCCCCCUGGCCUCUCCCCUCGGCAAUUCCUGCAAAAGGUUAAAAACUUAACUGGUUUUUACUACUGAUGACUUGACCUAAAAAAAUACAAAGAUGCUGGAUGCUAACUUGAUACUAACCAUCUGACUGUACAGUUUGAUUGUUACUGUAAAUAUGGUAGCACUUUGUGUUUUGUUUUUUCAUUUCUCCAUACUACUGAAUAAACUAGUUCUGUGCGGGCUGA